AUGGACGUGGACGUGGUCGUGGACGUGGACGUGGACGUGGACGUGGUCGUGGUCGUGGACGUGGACGUGGACGUGGACGUGGACGUGGACGUGGACGUGGACGUGGUCGUGGACAUGGACGUGGACAUGGACGUGGACGUGGACAUGGACGUGGACAUGGACGUGGACGUGGACGUAGACGUGGACGUGGACGUGGUCGUGGACAUGGACGUGGACGUGGACGUGGACGUGGACGUGGACGUGGACGUGGACGUGGAGGUGGACGUGGACGUGGACGUGGACAUGGACGUGGACGUGGACGUGGACGUGGACGUGGACGUGGACGUGGACGUAGACGUGGACGUGGACGUGGACGUGGACGUGGACGUGGACGUGGACGUGGACAUGGACGUGGACGUGGACGUGGACCUGGACGUGGACAUGGACGUGGACAUGGACGUGGACGUGGACGUGGUCGUGGACAUGGACGUGGACGUGGACGUGGACGUGGACGUGGACGUGGAGGUGGACGUGGACGUGGACGUGGACAUGGACGUGGACGUGGACGUGGACGUGGACGUGGACAUGGACGUGGACGUAGACGUGGACGUGGACGUGGACGUGGACGUGGACAUGGACGUGGUCGUGGACGUGGACCUGGACGUGGACAUGGACGUGGACAUGGACGUGGACGUGGACAUGGACGUGGACAUGGACGUGGACGUGGACGUGGACGUGGACGUGGACAUGGACGUGGACGUGGACAUGGACGUGGACGUGGACGUGGACAUGGACGUGGACGUGGAUGUGGAGGACUUGGACGUGGACAUGGACGUGGACAUGAACGUGGACGUGGACGUGGACGUGGACGUGGACAUGGUCGUGGACGUGGACGUGGACGUGGACAUGGACGUGGACGUGGACGUGGAGGUGGACCUGGACGUGGAUAUGGACGUGGACAUGGACAUGGACGUGGACAUGGACGUGGACGUGGACGUGGACGUGGACAUGGACGUGGAUGUGGACGUGGACAUGGACAUGGACGUGGACAUGGACGUGGACGUGGACAUGGACGUCGACGUGGACAUGGACGUGGACGUGGACGUGGACCUGGACAUGGACAUGGACAUGGACGUGGACGUGGACAUGGACGUGGACGUGGAGGUGGACGUGGAGGUGGACGUGGACGUGGACGUGGACAUGGACGUGGACGUGGACGUGGACGUGGACGAGGACAUGGACAUGGUCGUGGACGUGGACGUGGACAUGGACAUGGACGUGGACGUGGACGUGGACGUGGACAUGGGCGUGGACAUGGACGUGGACUUGGACGUGGACGUGGACGUGGACGUGGACGUGGACGUGGUCGUGGACGUGGUCGUGGAGGUGGACGUGGACGUGGAGGUGGACGUGGACGUGGACGUGGACGUGGACGUGGACGUGGUCGUGGACGUGGACGUGGACGUGGACGUGGACGUGGACGUGGACGUGGAUGUGGACGUGGACAUGGACGUCGACAUGGACGUGGACGUGGAGGACUUGGACGUGGACAUGGACGUGGACGUGGACGUGGACGUGGACGUGGACGUGGACGUCGACAUGGACGUGGACGUGGACAUGGACGUGGACAUGGAAAUGGACGUGGACGUGGACAUGGACGUGGACAUGGACAUGGACGUGGACGUGGACAUGGACGUGGACGUGGACGUGGACAUGGACGUGGACGUGGACGUGGACGUGGACGAGGACGUGGACGUCGACGUGGACAUGGACGUGGACAUGGACGUGGAGGUGGACAUGGAUGUGGACCUGGACGUGGACAUGGACGUGGACGUGGACAUGGACGUGGACGUGGACGUGGACGUGGACAUGGACGUGGACAUGGACGUGGACAUGGAUGUGGACGUGGACGUGGACGUGGACGUGGACGUGGAGGUGGACGUGGAGAUGGACGUGGACGUGGAGGUGGACGUGGAGGUGGAUGUGGACGUGGACAUGGUCGUGGACGUGGACGUGGACAUGGUCGUGGACGUGGACGUGGACGUGGACGUGGACCUGGACGUGGACGUGGACGUGGACGUGGACGUGGACAUGGACGUGGACGUGGACGUGGACGUGGACGUAGACGUGGACAUGGACGUGGACGUGGACGUGGACGUGGACAUGGACGUGGACAUGGACGUGGACGUGGACAUGGACGUGGACGUGGACGUGGACGUGGACAUGGACGUGGAGGUGGAGGUGGACGUGGACGUGGACGUGGACGUGGACGUAGACGUGGACGUGGACGUGGAUGUGGACGUGAACUGGACAUGGACAUGGACGUGGACAUGGACGUGGACGUGGACGUGGACGUGGACGUGGACGUGGACGUAG